UGUCUGACAAGCUGGCUGCGCGCGCACAAGUCACCACACUGGCAAGCGCUCAGCGCCAUUUUGGGAAAUCAAUUUUUACGGGGAAGAUCCGUGGACAAGAUCAUUAAAAGAGUAACAAUUUGCAACCCAAAGGUAAAUGCUGAUGAGAUGUACACUUUGGUUACUCAAGCAUGACAUAUUUUGAUAGAUUUGUUAAUGUAAAUUAUAAGAUACACACUCAUAAACCUCACAUGCAGGGGCGGACACCUGGGGGCUAGGGGGCAGUCACUCCCCCAGAUAUUUUGGAAGACAAUGGUCUUUCGUCUAAAAGUAUUUGAAAAAUGUGUUUUCAACUUAUCAAAACAAUAGGCUUCCCCCCUGUAUUUGACCAAGUGUCUGCCACUGCUCACAUGAAAUUUGGAUGAUGUGUUUGCAAAUUCUCAAAAUGACAGAGAUUAUGUUAGAUACAUUGUCUUCUAAAUUCAUAAUUUAUAAUGAUUUCACAGACUUAUCUAGACAAUUAUAUAAGUUUCUAUAGCUUCUCACCUUUAAAGAAACUUUAUCAAACCUUGAAUUCUUUUCAACUUUGAAAUUGAAUGGUUAACAACAGCCAAACUUCCAAUAUUGGAAAAUUUUGUUUUUAUUCCAUAAAUUUUUUUGUUAUUAAAAAACACAAAAAACGUAGUUUUGAAACAUCCGCAAAGAAGGACUACUGUAAAUUCACCCAAAAGGCUAAAGAAAUGUAAAAAGAGAAGUAAUGUUUUUGUAUAUGUAAUGCCCACUCGCUACAGGUUUUAUUAGGAAGCGUAUUGUGUAUUUAGUUUGCCAGCUUUUUCCAUGAGUAGGAGAUGUGGAACAAUGAUCAGCAGCAAGGCACUUGGUGGCCUAAUUAUAAUUAUCAAUAUCAGGCUGCUAUUGAAGAUGGAGACAGAAGCCAAGAAUGGGCAAUUAAAGCUGCCAUGUGGGCACAGCAACGUCAGCUGCACAGCCAAAUGCAACAGAAUCACCCUCCAGAUACAGGGCAAACACAUCCACCCCCUCCUGAGGUAACAAGCCACCCCCCUCUACCAAGUGAGAAUGCUCCCACACAGCCACCUCCUCCAGAUGCAAUAAAUAAUGCAAGUGCUUUUGUUCACAAAGAAAGGCUAGAUCUUUUAGAAGGAGGUAAUCAAGGGAAUGACCCUUCAAGGCCUUGGAAUAAUCAACACAAUGACCAACAUCAAUCUGGUUUGAUUCAGCCGCAGACAGGACAGGGAUACAGGAAAGGUCAUUGGAAGCCCAUUGGAGGAUCUGCUUUUGAUGAUUCAGAUAGGCCUUUUGAUAAUAACUAUGAGCAAGAGAAUCAUAUUCCCGAUGAAAGAAAAGUUCCAGAAGGAGAUAAUGGACGGUUCAGUGGUCAAGAUCUGGAAAGGGAUAGUCACUUCAGUGAUCAGUAUGGCAGUGAUCCAAGCCAAUAUCGCCAAGAAGUAAAUUCAUGGGUUCAAAACCAACAGUGGGAUAACAGAAACUGGCCACCAUUUCCUCCACAGCCUGAAAUGCAUUUUCCUCACCCACCAAUGCCUUUCAUGCCAGUUCAACAGCCAAUACCUGGGCUAGUAAUGCCAAAUUUUUUCCAGCCUCCUGUUGUUUCUCAGAUGCAACCAAAGCCUAGGCCAGAUCUUUCUAUACCAGACCAAGUAAUUGCAUCACAAGUUCCAGAAAUAAAUGUUCAAGAAAUGAAUAAAAAGAAAGGGUUACCACAGUGGUUGCGAGAUGCUUUGAAUAAAAAAGAAAAAGAAAAACAAAAGAAACUAGAGAAAGAAAAAGCAAGUACGAAAGAUGAUGAGGAUAGUGAGGAUGAAAUCAAAACUUUACCUGAAGAAAAAGUAGAGACAACAAAAGGGGCAGUAAAGAAGAAUUCCCCAGUGCAUGAUGGCUACAGCUCGGAUGAUGAAAAAGAAAAUGUGAAAUCAGACGAAGAUGAGAACCAGAAUGAAGCGAUAUCCAAUGAAGAAAAGGCAUACGAACAGAUGCAAAAGAUAAAGUAUUGGAUGAUGGAAACUCUCGUCACUGUCACCAACGAGGAGAUUGUAAGUGUUGUUAAUGAAGUUUACAGUCGUGCGCGCAGAAAAGCGCGUGUUUCUGGCGAAUUGCUUCGAAACUCCGGUGGGCUAGCUGCAUUGCGAACUGGGUUAGCCCUAGAAUAUGAUUCAAGUAGUGGUAACGAAAGUGACGACGAAUCAGAUGAAGACGACAAGCCUAGUCGCUGGUUGGAACAUGAAAAGAGAGAAAGACAAAAACAGACACAUACCAGCAUUUCGCAAACCCGCGACGAUAAAUUGGAGCGCCAUUUGUCAAGGGAAGGUAGUGUUGAGGAUGAGCGGCGUAGUAAUCGAACAACGGAGCGGAGAGAAGCGAGCAAACAUUCGGAUGAAAAGAAGAGGAGAAAACGAACUCGAUCAGAAAGCAGUGAAAGUGAGCCAGACAAAGAAAAGAAGGUAGUAAAAGAUAGAAAAGUCGCGAAAAAAGAAUAUGAACGUGAACAUUAUUACGACACUUCAAAGUCAAAAAAACGAAACAAAUCAAAAGAAACGGAUUCUAGUAGUACCUCUGGUUCUUCGGAUUCUUCUGAUGACAGGGAAGCAAAAAAACGUAGGACCAAAGUGAAGAAAGAUUCAGAUAGUGAUGAUCGGGAAAGAAGACAGGUAAAGAAGAAGAAAAAGAAACACAGUCGUUCACAGGAUAAAAGAAGUCGAGAAACGGGUCAUGAUAGUGAGGGUAGUGAUAAGGGAAGUAGUGAAAAGAAGAGCAAAAGGAGCAAGAAACGCGAGCAUAGGACUAAAAGCCGGAGUAGCAGUAAUGACAGUAGCCAUGAUAAGAAGGAGACGAAAAGGAGAGACAGUAUAUAUGAAAAACGGCGAGAGGGGGAUAGAAGAGAGAGGAGUAGAAAGGAUGUGAGUGUUGAAAGAGAAGAAAGGGAAGAGCGGAAAGACGGUAAGGCAAGAGAUAAAAAGACUGUUGAAGAUAGGAGCACGGACAGACACAAAGGUGAGCGAAAGUCGAAAAAAAAGAGCCGAAAAAAUCGAGGUGAAAGUUAAAUGGUUUAAGGAGCUAGGUCACCAAGGCGUCACCGGAAAUGAAUAUCACGGACAUUAUAUUUGUAUUUUAUGUAUGUGAAAUGUUGUAGAUAUUAUGUAAAAUUCUAUUUGAUAUUGAGAUCUA